UGCAAUUAGGUGUUUAGCUAUUUGGUUACUGUUUGUUUAUCUCUUAUUACGUUUGUGUAAUUUCGUGCUUCUUCAUGUCCAAAAAGAAAAACCCCAGAGAACGGUUCUUGUAUCUCAGAGAAUUGGUUACGGAAUUUCAAGAUACAUCUUCAUCGGAAGCAAAGGAACAAGUUUUAGCUAAUUUAGCUAAUUUUGCAUAUGAUCCUGAUAAUUAUGUACAUAUUAAUGAAUUGAACAUUGUGGAUCUAUUUCUUGAUCAACUUGAAGAUUCUAAUAAGAAUUUAGUAGAGUUCGCUAUAGGAGGUAUUUGCAAUCUUGCAUUAGAUAAAGGUUUUAAGCAGCUUAUUUACCAAAGAGGAGGUGUUUGCAGUGUCAUAAAAUGCCUGUCUAGUGAAAGAGAAGAAACAGUUUUGUCAGCUAUCACAACCUUAAUGUUUUUAGUUUCUUCAGAAAGUAAAGCUGUAAUUACUACUGCUCCUGUUAUUGACUGUAUGCUGAGGUUUCAAGGGAGUAGUAACAGAAGAUUAAGCAAUUUAGCUACAGUAUUCUUACAAGAUUAUUGUUCAGGAGAACAAAUACAGCAAGCAAAGCAUUUGGCUUCUCAGUACAAAGAAACACUUUCUUCAACAUCUGCAGUUUAAAAGCUAUAUUAUUUUAACUGAGAUAUUUUUUCAUAUUUCAAAAAUGCUGAACAUGAACAUUCCUGCUCAUAUUUAUGCAGAGAAAAUAUAUGCAUUUUGAAUACUUUCAUGAAUACAUUUUUUGUAUUAGUUUAUCCCUUCCAAUUAAAUAUUGAUUAUUCUCAUUUUAAUAAAUCACCAUAAGACAAUUGAAUUACAUACAUAAUACAUAUUCAUAAAAGUAACAAGGAACACAUAUAAAUAAUUCAGUCUUAAAAUAAAUUUAUUUACAAUUACAGGUAUAAAACUUUUGAAUUGUACAUUUUUACAAAUAUACUUCAACUUGCAUUCAAUAUGAAGAUGAAAUAAAUUUUUACUUUGCUGAGAGAAAGAUUUGAAAAAGUUUUGGUCCCUGUCUUAAUAGGGGACUCUUAUCGCAUUUGAUGAUAUAUGAUCUAUUUAUUUGAAAUACAAUGGCCAUUUAUUAUCCAUAUGGAAAUCUUCUGCUACUUGUUGCUAAAUUAAAAGAAAAGAUUAUUAAUGGUAUGCACAGAAAUUAGAAAAGAAUAGAAAAAAAUGAAAAACUGCUUAUUUAAUAAUGUUCAUUCUUUUAUCGAUUUCUAUCCAUGUUAGGCUGAAUCCCUUCAAUGUUUCUUUGCAAGAAGGGAAAAAAGUCAAUCCAUAUACAGGAAAGAUAGUCAGUUUUGUCAAGAUGCAUAGAUCUAUUUGCUAUUUUGAUGAGAUCGUGCUCAUUUUUAAAAUACUACAUGGCACAUAAAAGCAAUCAAAAAGCACAUGUACAUAAAAAGGAAAGAAGAAAAGAAGACAUAUUAAAUAAUAAAGGAAGAAUAUCAGUAUUUACAAAGGAGGUGAAAUCUUAGAAAUAUGUCUUUCUUCUAUAAAAUGGGAAUUGAACUUUCCUGGCAUACUUCCAGCAAAACAAAAUCUGCAUCAGUUGGUAGACUAUGCAUUUAAAAGAAAUUUAUUUUUGAUAGAAAUGCUUCCAAAUUUUAAUACAGAAAAAGUACUUCUAAAUAUUUCAGACACUGUCUGUAACUAAUAUUUUUUUUUUUUUUUUUUGUUUAACAGUCUGACCAGAAUUUUAAAGUUCUUGUAAAGGUAAUUUUCUAGCAGUCUAAUAACAUUUUAAACAAUAAUAAUUUAUACAUUCUUAAUGACAUGAAAAAUUAUAAAUACAUGUUGCAUUAAAGCUUAGUACUAAACACACGUUUAAUUAAUAUCAUAUAAAGAGUGCUUUUCAGCUUUAUUGUUUUGUCUUAUAAAAUGUCAUUUGAGCUUAAAACAUAAGCAUAUUAAAUGUUCUAAAUCUUACAUAGUUAAGUUUUUGCUGCUUUUUGUUCCAUGUAUCUAGGAAUUAUUCUACUGUAUCCCCCCCUUUUAUUCUCCCUUUUUUUUUCUGAUCAAUUAUGUGUGGUUUAUUAUUUAUUUAAGAAUUCAGUUAGUAAAAUAAGUAAUACUUUGCUUCCAUUAGGACAAUAGAACACUAGUUGAGGAAGAAAAGACAUAUGUUUUGAAGCUGAAGCUUGGCAGGGCUGUAUGCUAAUAAAAUCUUGUUGAUCUUGAGUUGCUGUCAGUCGUGCAAAAUAGAAAGCAGACUAAUAUGAAAAGAAUGAUGAUGAUGCGCUUGCUGUUGCUUAGGUAACAUUUUCAAUAUUGGUUGUGUCUGUUGUCAGCAGCAUCGAAUUGUUCUCACAUGUGCUUGAUAUUUCAGCUUCAAAUGUUUUUGAAGUAGUGGUCUCUUCUUGUGUUUGUGCAGUGAUAGUCGUCAGAGAAGGUUCUGGUUUUGGAAAUUCAGGAUACAUAUCCAUGAAUUUUGAGCAAUGCUUUGCUGAAUCCUUCAUUAGUUUUUGUCUCUUUUCUUGAAAUUACUGUGCACCUCUUUUGAUUUAUCGUUUAUCCAUUCUUUGUAUUCUUUGUAAACAGGAGUGUAAAAAAAUUCAGCUGCAAUGUUUCUUGUCAUCAACUUACAUUAUUCAGUGACAAAGUAAAAUUCGCUAGAGAGUCUUUUUCAAUUACAAUUAUGAUGCAAUAUUUUCAAUUUCACAAUUAAAUUAGAACGUGACUAUACUGUAUUUUCUUAAAUCUGCUUUACGACUGUCGACUAAAGGCUCUGCUUUACCCCUACACUACAGCCUACAGCUACCGUAUCUCAUGUGAAUUUGAGUGUGAUGUGCGUUUCGCGCAUCCAUGUCUUCCUCAUGCGCAGGGCUAUCUCGCCCAGUCAUCUUUGUCGAUUCGAUCUUUCGAGUUUCUUGAUCGGCCCGAAAUUGCUCCAGCCCACCGUCCCUAUCUGUCACCACUGUGUAAAAAUGGUUGCUGUAGAAACCAACAUCAUCCCCAAAACCAUCCUAGAACACGCAUUUGCGCCAAAAACCGGUGCAGAACACAUGUCGUCACAUUUGGUGACCUGAGCGCAUAUAUAAGAGUAGUACCCAAGCAGUAUCCCACCACGCCAUUAAUUACCUUAAAGGCUUACCUGUUUUUUUUGCAUGAAAUAACAUUGUAUUAGGGGCUAAUUAUCUAUGUUUAAAGUUAUUUUUUCCAAAAAAAUUUUUUUUACGCACCGAACCUCAAAGGGUUAAAAGUGAUUGAAUUGUUUUGCUCUUAUGCUCUGUCAAGGUUUUUAUACCUUUAGUUAAUUUGCAUGCAAUAGUUGUAGAAUUAUCAACAAUUAAAAAGUUGUUUAAGUGGUA